CCGGAGUGGAACUCGCAGCCGACAUGCACACACGUGGAUAAUAGAGCUCAGCUAAACAGGGAUUUAACAACUUCAUAUCCAGCUGUCAGUGUCUUCCAGAAACUGAGAUGACGGGGAAAGGGAAGCAGCCGCAGAAGAAGAAGAAGAAUAUGGCGGCGAACAGCAGUGACGAUGAAGACUCUGACGUGGAGAAGAACUUCGCUCUGCUCACUAAGAGAGGAGGAACUGAGGUGGGAGAGUCUUUCCACCAAGGAGAGGAAGAGUCCAGUGAUGAUGAGGAGGAAGAAGGGCCUGCUGUUGGGACCGAUGAAGAGGAAGAAGGAGCAGAUGUUGCUGAGAAAGCAUCUGAUGGUGGUGAUGAAGAGGAGGCUGCUGAGGAGGGGGAGGAAGAGCAGGAUGAAGACAGUGAAGCCUCUGAUGAUGAUGAUGAUGAUGAUGAGGAGGGGGCUGGAGAUGAAGAUGCAGAAGAAGCUGGUGGUAGCAGUGAGAUCCAGACGAGAGAAGACAUUAAGAAAGAACUCUCCAACAUGUCCUUUGAGGAGAUCAUGAAGCUGCAGAACAAAGUGGGAACCAAAGUGUACAACGAGGUGGCGUACGGCAGCCAGAAGACUAAAGGGCCGAGCAAAAAGAAACGCCUGAACAAGAACAGACCGAUGGAGAUUUCAGCCAAGAGACGAGCUCCGUUCCUCCGUAAGGUCGUCUCCGUCAAGAAACCGACGUCAAGAGACCCUCGGUUUGACGACCUGUCUGGAGAAUACAAACCGGAGAUUUUUGUGCAGACGUAUAAAUUCAUCAAUGACAUCAAACAGAGCGAGAAGGAGAUCGUCAAGAAGCAACUGAAGAGGAUGAAGCCGACCAACGUCCAGAAGGAGAAGCUGCAGUUCCUCCUGAAGAGGAUGGAGAACCAGGAGCGAGCGAGGAAGAGUCAAGAGGAGCAGAGAGAGAGAGAGCUGCAGUUCAAGAGGCAGCAGAGAGAGAGAGCGGGUCAGGGCGACCGACCGUUCUUCCUCAAGAACUCUGAGAAGAAGAAGCUGCAGCUGGCUGAGAAAUACCAGGAGCUGAAGAAGACCGGAAAACUGGACAACUUCCUGAGCAAGAAGAGGAAGAGGAACGCCGGGAAAGACCGCAGGAAGCUGCCCCCCCGAGAGCUGCAGAGCCAAAGCUUUCAGGGACACUAAAACACCUGAAGAAGAACGACGAGCAGCUGGACGGGAAUACAAAGGCCGUUUCUCAAUGUCGAGUAAACCUGCUGCAGAGCCACUAUUCCAAGUAUACUACGUCAUCGAGUGGCGCCGAAUGCUGGGCAUUUAAACAGUCCUUCGGCGCCACUCGAUGACGUAGUAUACUUGAAAUAGUGGCUCUGCAGCAGCUCUACUCGACAUUGAGAAACGGCCAAAGAUUCAAAAGACUGUAAUGAAGCGUCUCCGCCUGCAGGUGGCGCUGCGGCGGUUUGUUCAUCAUGGUGGAUGAAGGACUGGCUUCAUCUCUUGCAUCACACACACAUUUGUUCCACUGUCAAAGUUACGUUUUCCUCUAUUGGGAAAUGUGUUUGGUGCAUUCAAUGAUUGUGGGACAUCUGAACAUUCAAGGUCUGAAGUUGCAAAGCAGUGUAAGUUUAAAAUCAACCUUGAAAACUGACAUCUGCUAUUGUCUUUUUAGGACUUUCUACUACAUCUCAAGUUUCUUUUUCAGAAGUGAGUAGCGUUUGCACACUUGUCAUUGUGUAAAAGUAAAACAAAUACUGAAAUGUCAGUCAUUGGAGAGUCCCUGAAUGCACCACCAGUGAGAUUGCUCAGUAAAGAUAAUCUCUCAAGAAAUUGACUUUUCAACUUUAAAUUAAACAAUUUGAUGGUUGUUUCCCAGCAGAUCAAUUAUUGUCAAUUUGUUAGAGUUUUUCAAAAGUAGACAUUUUAUAAAUCUUUCAGUUUGAUUUAGUUUCACACAGAAACUACCUUUCCAGGUUUCCAUCUGUUGGUGUGGUCACAGCUGUUCAGAUGUCAUGCAGUCGCUGGAAACAAUCUGCUUAUCCUCAGACAAUCUGUUAUAUGUGAAACUCUUUUUAAAUAAAACAUUAUAUGUAU